AGCUGAGUGGCUAGUGGCAGCUCUGAUAUCCUCACAGCAGUGCAGGUGCCGACUUGCACCUCCCUUCCCUCACACGUGGCAGAGCCCAGGGCCUCCAGGUGUGAGAGUUGCUUCGGUGGUACCCACUGCUGAUUCAUCCCAGUACCAUGAACUGAGUGCCUGCUGUGCCAGAGGACAAAAUGGGCAAGGCCCCCGGAGCCUGUGUUCUGGUCACUGAGACACCGCACAGGACACCACCGUGGACCCAACAUGAAGGAGUUUCUUGUGGAUCCUGCUGACCCUUGCCUGCCCUCCGCCUCUCUCUCAGCCCCACUCAGGGCACAGAGCUUGCCCUUGGCUGCAUGGCUCACCCAUCCUGUGAGCGCCGGCUGUGGUGCCUUCACUCAGCAAAUCUCUGUCUGUGGUGGGAGAAAAAUGGAGCUUGGGCCAGUUGUUGGAGAGAGUAGCACCACAGGAUCCAGGGGAGCCCUGCUGCUCUCCCUUGAAUGCUGUUUCUGCUGCUUCAGAGCCCUAGCGACUUCUUACUCUAGUACAGACACUGGGUGAGUAACUCAGGCCUCCUGCAGAAGCUUCAAGGUUUUCUGUUGUGGGCACUGGGUAGGAGACGCUGGGAAUCUAGGGUCGGAUCCUGGCUCUCACAAACAUGGGUGCCCUCAAGCAAGUCCCAUUCAUCUGAGACCCAGGUUCCUCCUUGGUAAAUGGGGGAGACCCCAUUUCCUCCAACAGUACCUGGCAUGUGGUGUCUGACAUGGAGGGUACUUGGUGCGCUGGGCUGGGAAGCUCCCUGCCCCAGGGUUUAAAUCACUUUUGCCCCAGCAGGCUGGGCUCAGGGAGCCCCAGGGCUCCUCACCAUCCACCCCCAGUUCAGCGCUGGGCGUGGACGUGGGGGCAGUUGGAGCUUUGCCAGACCCUGCUUUCCUGCUCUUCUGGAGUCAGGCAGACCAGCAGUGACGUUGGAUUCCAGUGCUUAACCGGUGGCAGAACGACGGGGAAGCGUGCGUGCAGGGGAGCGUGUGCCCUCUGGUCCCAGGGAUAAGCUGAGCCCCCUGGGGGAGGCAGGAAGCGCCCCCGCGCCCAGAGGCUGGCGCCGGCCAGGCCUGAAGCUGACAGUGGGAAGCCCGCAGGGCGGCGCUGCCUAGGAGGUGAUGUGGGAAGGCCGAUAGCAAAGAGAUCAUUGCGGCUUCUCCCGCCCUCUUCGGGGCGGGCGGUCUCAGCCCCGACUCCGCAAGCACCGCCCCCUCCCGCAGGCCGCCGUGCGCCUGGGGACCCGAGUCUGCGCUCCGCUCGGACCAGCUCGGCUGUAGCGCUGCAUCCCCGGCUCUGCGGUUUUCUUUUCGGGGGCUGUGGGCGGGGCCCGCUCCGGGUGCGCGGCCAUUGGGUGGCAGCUGGGGCGCGCGCCGCCAUUCCCUUCGUGCACGCCCCUCCCACCUCGCAACGGCGCGUCGCGGCGCCGCGAUGGGUUCGGUCCUGAUGCGCGUCAACGAUUGGUGGGGGGGCGGGGUCCAGGGACGCGGCUGCCCGCGGAUUGGCCGGGUGAGGCGAGGGGGCCCGCGCAUGCACUUAAGGGGCGGUGCGCCGGUCGCAGAGGGUAGUGCCAAGAUGUCGGCGGCGGCGGUGCCAGAGCUGAAGCAGAUCAGCCGGGUGGAGGCGAUGCGUCUGGGGCCGGGCUGGAGCCACUCGUGCCACGCCAUGCUGUACGCCGCAAACCCCGGGCAGCUCUUCGGCCGCAUCCCCAUGCGCUUCUCGGUGCUGAUGCAGAUGCGCUUCGACGGGCUGCUGGGCUUCCCCGGGGGUUUUGUGGACCGGCGCUUCUGGUCGCUGGAGGACGGACUGAACCGGGUGCUGGGCCUGGGCCUGGGCUGCCUGCGCCUCACGGAGGCCGACUACUUGAGCUCGCACCUGACCGAGGGCCCGCACCGCGUCGUGGCGCACCUGUACGCGCGGCAGCUGACGCUGGAGCAGCUGCACGCCGUUGAGAUCAGCGCGGUGCACUCGCGGGACCACGGCCUGGAGGUGCUGGGGCUCGUGCGCGUCCCACUAUACACCCAGAAGGACCGAGUCGGUGGCUUUCCCAACUUCCUGAGCAAUGCUUUCAUCAGCACAGCCAAGUACCAGCUCCUCUUUGCCCUCAAGGUGCUCAACAUGAUGCCUGAGGAGAAGCUGGCUGAGGCCUUAGCGGCAGCCACAGAAAAACAAAAGAAGGCCCUAGAGAAGCUGCUCCCAUCUUCCUCCUGAGGUUGCUCCUGUGCCUUGUGUCUGUCACCCUCCCCCUGGCUGUGUCCUUGUGCUGAGGCUGGGCCCUCAAUUCCUGUGGGAGUGCAUGUUCUGUGUUUGCCCCAUCCUGACUGCGUGGGGAAGUGGGCAUCUUGCUGGCUGACGGCCUGGGUGCACGCACUCAAAGACUCGAGCUUUUGGUGCAUGUCUCAUCAUGGGCUGGUGAAGCCCCGGCUAAGUGCACUCGCACUUGGACUCUUGAGAAGUUGCUUUGUUCUUGUGGCAGUUUUGUUCUUAUAGAAGCCAACUUGGGUUGGCUCCUUCCUGCAUCCUGCCCCAAGCCAGCCUGGGAUGGGAGGUUAUGCUAUGAAUUUUGGUUGUUAGUUUUACUUGUGGCAAGUUUGGAAAGGCAGCUUUAUCCCCUCCAGCUCGGUCCCUGUGGACAGUCAGGGCCACAGGGCCCAGGUGUAGGUGGACCUGUUGGAGGAGGAACAGUAAAGUUGUUCUUCAGCUGCUCUGUGUGGUCUCUGGUCCUGGCUGCAGGCCUAGGCAUGGACGCAGGAGGGUGUCCCUUUCCCUGCUAUCCAGGGACCAGAGGGCAGGGCCUGGGCCUAAGAGCAGCACUCUGGGCACCAUUUAGAGUGGAGCUGAUGCAGGCCUCCCCUCCCACAUGGGGGUGCCAGCCACCUCCCCGUGUUUACCAUGGCACUGCCGGCCAUGGACUCUCUGGGCCACGGGCCUGCUCUGGUGGUUUGUUCACUGACAGUGUGAGGCCCCUGCAUGAUUCUGGUGGCCCUGGUGGCACCCAGGGUGAGCCCGCUGCUCCUUCCUUUGCUUUGAGAGCCUUCCUCUCUGUUCCUGGCACAGUCUGCAGGCACCUCCAAGAGACAGUCUGGCAGCACUGGCCGAGUGGGCACAACAGAGCCACCACAGGACAGGAAGGUCACCACUGGUGGUCUCCUACGGCCUUACGCCUGGAAAGACUCCUCAUUGAAGCUGACAGU